AUGUAUAAAUUUGCCGAUUCCGUCGCGAACAACCCAAUGAUGGGGAUUUUCCGCCAAAUCGCGCUGCAUGACAGUCUUUCAUUUCAGGCGAUGCUUGCUAUUGCCUCAAAACAUCGAGCUGGAGUGGAAGGCAAGUUGGACUCUGUUCAGAGUCUCACUCAUAAAAUGCGGGCGCUUCGAUUAAUAAAUGAGCGAAUACAAACAGACUCCCAAGGUCUGCAAGACGGAACAAUAUACGCUGUAGCCACAAUGGCAGUGAUUGAGAAAUGGUCAAAGGAUGCUUCUAUUGAAAGGAUGCACUGCAUGGGACUAGCGUCCAUGGUUCGGAACCGCGGCGGAAUGCGAGGCAUGCGGGCUUCUAGUCCUUUUUUAGAGAAGGUUCUGUACUGGGUGGACAUAAGCUGCGCACCCAAAGCAGUCUACACCUCAUGUCUUCCAUGGACCGGUGCCGUACCCGACACUUCUCCGGAGAGUCUUGACUUUCUUGCUCCUGAGGUUGCUCCUGAUGUGCACCUCGCUAUUCCCCACAUACAGACAGCAGUAGUAUCAUCGGAGAGCCUAUGCGAUCAAUAUAGUGCUUGUGAGGAUUUUCUGCGAUUUUUUCGCUGUCUACAUGGGCUGGAGAAGGCUGCGUUAAGGAUUCCCGGUAAUGUCACCAGAAGCAGUGCAGCUCCUCGCAUCAGACGCUUCACUCCGGGAACACCGCUCCAUUCCAUUCUGACUAUGCUUCCCGAUUACGACCACGGGAUUCGGGAUAUCCGAUUCAUCGAUGAAUACACUUGUAUGUCCUGUCUGUUCUUCCUGGCCGUCGCACUCUACGACUCCUAUCGCAACUCUACCAAUUUUGACCGUUACCUCGACUGGCUGGACCUGGAAGUCCAAAGGCUCAACCCCUUCACCAACCCGAGCAUCACAUCUGUCCUCUGGAUCUUUCUCAACAACGGCGGCUACCCACAAGGAGAAGCAGGCGACACCGGCGAGAGAUGCUGGGUCGUGUCCCGCAUGGUACGCAUUGCCAAACGCCUCGAGUGGAAACGUCAGGGCACCAUCUGGGACCGUCUCCGACAGGUCCUGAUCAACUUUAUCGUCGCCCAGCAGGAAUGCGCCCUGGGGUCGGAUAGCGUUGACGAAGAGGCGUUGAUCGCCCGGCAACAGAGACGCCUCCAACCAAGCGAGUAUUUCUGGGACGAGGACGAAAUGCGCGAGGAAAUAUUGGGAUCGCAAUCGUCGUCGAUCCUGACGCCGUAUCCUCAGUCGCAGACAACUAUUGUGGUAUAA